AUGUCUGUAACUAUUACCCUCUUCCUCUUUUGGGUCGCAAAAUCGGCAGUUCAUUGCUGUACAGAGCAUCUCAUUCUUGGCUACCGUUUAGAUGGUUUUACUGCUGAGGAAAUACCAAAUAUCGGUGUGCAUGCCUGUAUAAAGGAAUGUCUCCUGCGCAAGCACUGCCAGUCUAUCAACUAUAAUACACAACAGUUUUUAUGUGAAAUAAAUGACAAAUCGUCUGAUAUCAUUAUGGACGGAAAAAAGAAUCCCGACUUCUUCUUUUCUAAUGUUGCGAAUAGUUGUGCUGCUGGAACUUACGGGAAGGACGGUCAGUGUAUCCCCUGUCCUGUUGGUCAGUAUAAUGGCGGAAGUAAUAUGCAGUGGUGUUCGAUAUGCCAACCAGGGACCUAUCAAGACCAAACCGGUUCUAGCAGUUGCAAAAAUUGUCCUAGUGGCACUUACCAAGCUAAAAAGGGCAAAACAAGUUGUGAUCCCUGUCCUAUCGGUCAACAUAGCCCUAAUGUUGGCAGUGUGCAGUGUAUAGAUUGUCCACCUGGAACAUACCAGGACCAGGCCAGGUCUAGUAAUUGCAAACCCUGUCCCAGUGGCUCAUACCAACCUGAUCACGGCAAGACAUCUAAAGAUUCCUGUAAACCUUGUGGAGCUGGGACAUAUCAGCCAAAUGCAGGAAAACAAAAUUGUAGGCAAUGCAGAGCUGGUUAUUACCAACCAGAUUCUGGACAAACUUCAUGUUUGUUUUGUCCGAGUGGCUCUUAUCAAGAUAGAACUGGACAAAGUUCGUGUCAGGACUGCUCACAAUUCAACAAAUGUUGCAAUCAAAACAGGACAAUGUGUUACGCAAAAGACGUUACCAAGACAGAUUGUCGAAAAAGAUUGUCUAUGUAUUUGAAUGGAGUGAGAGCACUGUCCAAAACUUACCAAUGCAAAUCUUCAGCAGGUCCCAUUGGUGUAGGGAUUGCUCCCUCGUCUUUUUAUGGGGGAAUAAAGGGAAACUCGAGUGUGUCCUUCAGUGAUAUCCCUGAAGUUAAGUGGGGCUUAUCCAACCAUUUUUAG